GGAAUAGAAAACCAAACCCAAACCAAUAUGCCAUCGUGAAUAACUUCUUCAAAUGGUGUAGCCCAGGCUCCCCGCCUCCUCCGAUUUUGAUUUUCAUUUACCCCGUAUUUCACUUCCAUAGCCGAAACCCUAGUUCUUCUUCCUCGCUUUACUUCAAGAGUUUCCCAUCAGAGCCAUAUAUACUUUUGAUCCAGUCUUACACUCUCUGUAAGCUAAUGGGCAUAGGGGACUAUCUGAAUAUAUAUCCCGCAGAACUGAAGUUCCCAUUUGAGGUGAGGAGGCAGAGUUCAUGUUCUGUGCAAUUAUCUAACAAGACUGAUCAGUAUGUUGCUUUCAAGGUUAAAACCACUAACCCCAAGAAAUAUUGUGUUCGCCCCAAUGCCGGUGUAGUUUUGCCCAACUCUACUUGCAAUGUUACUGUGACAAUGCAAGCACCGAAGGAGGCUCCACCAGAUUUGCAAUGCAAGGAUAAGUUCUUGAUACAGAGCACUAUUGCACCAGAUGGCGCCACAACUAAGGAUUUGUCAGCUGAAUUGUUUAAGGCGGGCACUUGGAGAGAGAUGAAUGAAUUUAAAUUGAGGGUUGUUUACGUUCCUGCCAAUCCUCCCUCACCAGUACCGGAAGAAUCAGAGGAGGGUUCUCCUCCAAGGGAUUUGAAUGAGAGUGAAACUAAGCCUUCUCCAGUGACACAAGCUGCAUCAAGAUCUAUGGAGGAGAGCGAGGAGCCCAACGAAAAGUUAGCAUCUUCAGAGGCUUGGUCAUUGAUUUCAAGGUUGACAGAAGAGAAAAGCUCUACUAUUCAACAGAAUCAGAAAUUCCAUCUCGAACUGGAGGUGUUGAAAAAAGAAGCAAACAAAAGAAAAACCGGUGGCUUCUCAGUAUUAUGUGUUCUGCUGGUUGGGGUAAUUGGAAUUCUGGUAGGGUACUUCAUCAGUAAGAGUUAGGUUGCACCCCCAGCAAGAACAAACACCUUUUAGUUCAUCCCAUCAUUCUUUUUUGUCUUGUUAGUGUAAAAAAAUAUCAAACUAGCUUUCUGCUUGGACUAGGAUAGCUAAAUUCUUGGAAACCUGUAGUGCAUGAUUUCACCAAAGAUGUUCAAACGAUAUAUUUGCGGCUUCAGGUUCAGAUGAAAGAUUAUUUCUGUAUCUACUAAACGUGAUGCCUCUCUUUCUUUAAACAUAAAAAGGUACUGAUAGCACAUAAUGAG